UACUGAAAUCUAAAACGUACAUAGAAUUGUAGACGCUCCGCCCUAUAAAUACCGAAGACUGAAAUUGUUCGAAGGUCUACAAAAAACGCACAAACACAGCUCUCUGCUUCGGAAUGCCUUCAAUGGCUUCCAAUACCUCCGACAAAACCAAGCAACUCAACGGAACCAAACUCGACUUCUUUGGCAGGAGGCAAAAGAUUGAGCAGCAUAGGAAAGCUUUGCCAAUAGCUACAGUUGAAAAGAGACUUUUGGAGGAGGUCAGCAAGAAUGACAUACUGAUUAUUGUUGGUGAAACUGGUAGUGGGAAGACAACACAGUUACCCCAGUAUCUAUUUAAUGGAGGGUUCUGCCGGAAUGGUGGUAUAAUUGGGAUAACCCAACCUAGACGUGUUGCUGCUGUAACUGUCGCAAAAAGGGUUGCUGAGGAAUGUGGAGUAGCAUUGGGCCAAAAGGUUGGAUAUGGCAUUAGAUUUGAGGAUGUAACCUCCAGCUCAACAAGGAUCAAAUACAUGACAGAUGGCUUGUUACUGAGGGAAGCAUUAUUGGAUCCAUAUCUCUCCAAAUAUUCAGUUAUUAUUGUGGAUGAGGCUCAUGAGAGAACUGUUCACACUGAUGUAUUGCUCGGUCUGUUGAAGAAUGUACAGAAAACAAGGUCUCUAGGUUCCAGUGACGUGGUACAUAAUGGUCAUCAAAAAGGUGAGAAUGGGGCAAUAUUGGAAAAAGAGAAUGAUAUCCAAUCUACCAACAUCCUCAAGCACAAUCAAGGCAAAAAGUUGUCCCCGUUGAAGUUAAUUAUCAUGUCUGCCAGUCUGGAUGCAAAAAUCUUUUCUGAGUAUUUUGGUGGUGCAAGGGCUGUGCAUGUCCAGGGGCGGCAAUAUCCUGUUGAUAUACUAUACACUCAUCAACCUGAAACUGACUACAUAGAUGCAGCCUUGAUUACUAUAUUUCAGAUACAUCUGGAGGAAGGGCCAGGUGAUGUUCUUGUAUUCUUGACUGGCCAAGAAGAAAUAGAAUCUAUUGAGAGGCUUGUCCAAGAGCGCCUUCCAAAGUUACCUGAGAGUAAACGCAAGCUUCUGGUCAUUCCAAUAUUUGCAUCUCUGCCAUCAGAGAAACAAAUGAAAGUUUUCAUGCCUGCACCUGUUGGGUUUCGUAAGGUAAUACUAGCAACCAAUAUUGCUGAAACAUCAGUAACAAUACCAGGAAUCAAGUAUGUCAUUGACCCAGGAAUGGUUAAAGUACGCACAUAUGAUGCUUCUACAGGGAUUGAACCAUUGAUCAUUGUUAAAACCUCAAAAGCACAAGCACUUCAGAGAAGUGGGCGUGCUGGCCGUGAAGGACCUGGGAAAUGCUACCGUCUUUAUCCAGAGAAUGAAUUUUACAAGCUCAAAGAUUCCACAACACCAGAAAUCAAAAGAUGCAAUCUUUCAAAUGUCAUUUUGCAGCUUAAAGCUUUAGGCAUUGAUGAUAUUGUUGGGUUCGACUUUAUUGAAGAACCAGACAGGAUGGCUAUUAUCAAGUCAAUGGAGUUGUUAUUCUUGUUAGGUGCUCUUACAGACUCGAGUAAAUUGUCUGAAGUUGGUCAUCAAAUGGCCAGGCUUCCUCUGGAUCCUAUUUAUUCUAAGGCUCUCAUUGUUGCCAGUCAAUUUAAUUGCUUGGAAGAAAUGUUAAUAGUUGUUGCAAUGCUCUCAGUCGAAUCUAUCUUUUAUGCCCCCCGGGAAAAGUUGGAAGAGUCACGAACUGCUUUGAGGAGCUUCUCAAGUCCUGAGGGAGAUCAUUUGACAUUAUUAAAUGUAUAUCGUGCUUCUGAUGAGUUCUUGGAGAAAAGCAAGUUAGUAAGCAGUAAAGAAAAAGCUGAAAAAAAUCUCAGAAAAUGGUGCAAAGAGAAUUUUAUCAAUAGCCGCUCCCUAAAGCAUGCUCGUGAUAUCCACAGUCAAAUACGGAGAAAUGCUGAACAAAUGGGUCUUCGUGUCACUUCCUGUGGAGAUGACAUACUUUUGCUCCGCAGAUGUCUGGCUGCUUCCUUUUUUCUUAAUGCAGCUCUGAAGCAGCCUGAUGGUACUUACAGGGCUUUGUCAAGUGGUCUCAUGGUGCAAAUUCACCCUUCCUCUGUAUUAUUUCGGAUGAAACCAGAGUGCAUAAUUUUUGACGAAUUAGUCCGAACUAAUCAGAACUAUGUCCGCAAUGUUUCUAGAAUAGAUUUCUUGUGGUUAGCUGAGCUGGCUCCUCAAUGUUAUGCCUUGCAGGAAUAGAUCACCUCGUUACAUGAAAUACAUUGGUAUGCCUAUUAAACUGAGUACUUUGGGGAGAAAGAUAGCUCAAAGAUUAAGGGACAUCUUCCAGUCGACACUAAGGUUUACUGAUUACUUUGCUUUGCUGCGGCAGCAAGGAUGGACUGCAAAUAUGCCAGUGUUUGCCAUUGGAGGGGAUAAUGCAUCAAAACUCAUAGACAUUGAAUGAGCCGUAAUUCUUGGAAUUGCGACAACUCAAACCACAUUUUCACAAAAUGGCAAGCAUUUGAUGGACUUCUAGAUGUGAUCAAAGUUGCCUGCUUUAAUCCAUUGCAAGGAUGGGCAAAUAGACGACUCAAGUGCAUUUGAUGAUGCCAUCUUUUAACAGAGAAUAUAGCAAAGCUAGUUCUUUGCCGAGUCACUCAAUGCAAAUUGCUUGAGGCGAAAGUGGAAGCAUCUGUUUAUUCAUUCAUCAUCUGGGGAAUAGCUUUGUGGUCGUUCAAAUUCUCCAGCUGAUUCUAUGCCAUCACCUUCUCCUGGCAGCAAACUCUUUUUCCUUUCUCCAUUUUCUGUACGCCAAGUACAAUCGACUCUGAUCCACAAGCACGAAACACAGUUUCUUGUAAGAACAUACAUCUCAAGUCAUCAUUUGUUUUUAGUUCGAGCUUGAUUCUGAAGUCAAUCAACGGUAGCAGCGAAUGUGACAUAGUGUUGUCAUAGGUAGUUGUACAAGAUUUUUGAUCUGGUCUAGUCUUUUACUUAUUGAUGGUCUUGCAUUUAGAGCAGAGCAAAUAUCAGAGAGUGGAAGUUUCAUCUGUCACAAUCUCAGUCAGACUUGUAUAUUUUUCUCCUGUUAUGUUGAAUGAAGAACCUGGAACCAUUUAAUAAAUAUUGUAUGGAAACUGGCUUAUCUGGACUCUCAUGUAAUUGUCAAUGAUGACUUUUCUUGCAUCAA